AUGUCGGCUCCUGUUACUGCUGCUCGCUAUGGAAAGGACAAUGUCCGCGUCUGCAAGGUCCACCGGGACGAGAAGACCGGUGUGCAGACGGUGGUGGAGAUGACCGUCUGUGUACUGUUGGAGGGAGAGAUUGAGACUUCCUACACCAAGGCCGACAACAGCGUCAUUGUCGCUACCGACUCGAUCAAGAACACCAUCUACAUCCUCGCCAAGCAGCACCCGGUCACUCCCCCCGAGCUCUUCGGCUCCAUCCUGGGCACCCACUUCAUCCAGAAAUACAAGCACAUCCACGCCGCGCACGCUCACAUCAUCACCCACCGCUGGACGCGCAUGAACAUUGACGGCAAGCCCCACCCUCACUCCUUCGUCCGCGACAGCGAGGAAACCCGCAAUGUCCAGGUGGACGUGGCCGAGGGCGCCGGCAUCGACAUCAAGUCCUCGAUCUCUGGCCUCACUGUGCUCAAGAGUACUGGCUCGCAGUUCCACGGAUUCGUACGCGAUGAGUACACCACCCUCAAGGAGACCUGGGAUCGUAUCCUGAGCACGGAUGUCGAUGCCUCGUGGCAGUGGAAGCGCUUCAGCGACCUCGGCGAGGUCCGCGCGAACAUCCCCAAGUUCGAUGCCGCCUGGUCUGCGGCUCGGGAGAUCACCCUCAAGACUUUUGCCCAGGACAACAGUGCCAGUGUGCAGGCUACCAUGUACAAGAUGUCCGAGCAGAUCCUGGCGGCUGAACCCUUUAUCGAGACUGUCGAGUACUCUCUGCCGAACAAGCACUACUUUGAAGUUGACCUCAGUUGGCACAAGGGCCUCAAGAACCUCGGCAAGGACGCGGAGGUGUACGCGCCUCAGACAAAUCCCAACGGAUUGAUCAAGUGCACGGUGGGCCGCACAUCCAAAUCUAAGCUGUGA